GCUGUGAGGGGCUACUCACAGGCACCCUCUCCCUGCAGCUAAGGCGGCGCGGUGGCAUUGAGGAGGAUGGAGGCACCCCUGGUAAGCCUGGAGGAGGAGUUCGAGGAGGGCCCCGGGGACGAUGGGGGCACCCCACAGCGCACGGCAGACCCGGCGCUGGCGGAGCUGGAGAGCUUCUCGGCCGAGAUGAUGAGCUUCAAGUCGAUGGAGGACCUGGUGCAGGAGUUUGACGAGAAGCUGACCGUCUGCUUUCGCAACUACGAUGCUGCCACCGAGGGUCUGGCCCCUGUGCGGGGGCGUCUCCAAGCGCAGGAGGAGGAGGAACGCCUCCAGGAUGAGGAGGUCUGGGAUGCUCUCACCGAUGGCUUCGCCCCCCGGGGCUCACCCCGACCCUGGCUGCUCCCCGGGGCUGAGGCCCCCGACAGCACCGACCCCCAGCUCUGUGAGAAGGAGGAGGAGGAGCUCACUGAGAGGAGUGAGCAAGACUCGGGCAUCAAUGAGGAGCCGCUGCUGACAGCUGAGCAGGUCAUCGAGGAGCUGGAGGAGCUGAUGCAGAGCUCGCCUGACCCCGAGGCCGACCCCGAGGGUGAUGAGGAUGAGGAGGAUGACGAGGAGGAGGAUGAGGAAACAGAGACCGAUGCUGAAGGGAAAGGCAGUGGCGGGGGCACGGAGCCCAUCCUCCUGCGUGAGCUGCGUGCUUUCUCCCCUGCCUUCAACAACAACUGCUCCCAUGAAGGUAUGGCCAGCAAAAUCCAGCCCCAGAACUGGGGCAAUUCCAACCGAAUUAGACAGCUGGGUCUCUCGGGGCCUGGCUUGCUCCACUCUUCGCACUCCGUUUGGCCAGCGGGGGUUCUUGGCAAAAGAUUAGGCCUGCGAGGAUCUUGUUUUUAUCCCCAGCGCUUCAGCAUGGAGGGCAUCUCCAGCAUACUGCACUCGGGCCUGCGCCAGACCUUCGGCCCCGCUGCCAACGAGAAGCAGUACCUGAACACGGUGAUUCCUUACGAGAAGAAGGGGUCGCCGCCUUCUGUCGAGGACCUGCAGAUGCUCACCAACAUCCUGUUUGCCAUGAAGGAGGGGAAUGAGAAGGUGCCCACACUGCUCACGGACUACAUCCUCAAAGUGCUCUGCCCAACCUGAUGCGGCGCUGCCCCCACCCCGGCACCCCCCGAAAACGGGGCCAAACCCGAGGAAAACGGGUCGCCUGCGCCCCGCCCCUCCCCCCGCACUCCCCCCACCUUUGCACAGCUGGGAAAUAAAUAAUUCGUUUCAUUAAUUAAGCAA